AUGAAACACUCCGUAGCGGCAUCGCUUGCGACUCUCGCAGCCACGGCGAUCGCUAGGUCGAAUCCCCACCAAUGCGCGGCUCUCGCUACAGACACGCAGCUGCAGGGCAAGGUCCUCCUUCCAAAUACCGCAGCGUACAAUGCGGAGGUCGAUACCUACUACUCGGCCAAUGCGGCGCAACACGCCUGGUGCAUGGUCCUGCCGGAGAGCACGGCGGAUGUGCAGGCCACGGUCAAGAUUCUGGCCAAGGACCAAUGCCCUUUCGGUAUCAAGGCGGGUGGCCACUCGGCGUGGAAGGGAUCCAACAGCAUCGCUAACGGCGUCACGGUCGACUUUGGCUACAUGAACACGACAAGCUACAACCCGGACACUGGAAUUGCCUCGAUCCAGCCCGGUGCACGAUGGGGUUCGGUGUAUGAGUUUGUCGAUCCAUACAACGUCACGGUUGUGGGCGCGCGAACUUCGGUGGUUGGUGUUGGCGGCUUCACCACGGGUGGUGGGUAUUCCUUCCACAGCAACUCUCAUGGCUUUGCAUGCGAUAAUGUCGUCAACUGGGAGAUUGUUCUUGCCGACAGCAGCGUCGUCAAUGCCAACGCCAGCACGAAUCCCGACCUCUGGAAGGCCCAAAAGGGCGGGUCCGGAAACCUGGGCUUCGUCACCCGAAUUGAUCAGCAGACUGUCGAGGGCACCCAACUGUGGGGUGGUUUCACCAGCUACAACCUGAGCGAGACAGACAACGUCUUCAAUGCCUACCUCGAUUUUGUGGAGAACACCCAAGAGAACUCUCCCGACCAGACCAUCAUUGCCCUCUACUACGACUAUACUGGAUUCUCCAUUCGAUCCAUCUUGACCAACAACGAAGGCAUUGCUAACGCCCCCGCGUUCGACGGCUUCCUUGCGCUGCCUAACAUCUCUAGCACCUUGACGGUGGGGCCCGAGGCGGAGAUCAUCCCCCAGUUCACCGGCCCCACGCCUCUUGGUCUCUACGCCAACUGGUUCACUGGUAUGGCCACCAACAGCUUCGAGGCCCUUAGCAUCAUCAACAAGCUGCAUCCAGAAUACGUCGCCAAGAUGGUGGCCGCCGCGCCCACCUCUAACUUUAGCACCCUCAUCGAGUUCCAGCCCGUCACCAAUACCAUGGUCCAGAACAGCGACAAGCGCGGGGGGAACAUCCUCGGCCUUGAGCCCAUCGUCGCAGACGGCCCUGUCCUUAUGUGGCUCGUCGCGCUAACCGUCGACACCGAGGAGAACCAGGCGGUCAUCCUGCCCAUUGCACACGAAUUCGUCGCUGCCAUUAACCAGAACCUGCAAGAGGCCGGACGUUUUGUUAACUGGGCCUACCUCAACUACGCCUGGGGUAAUGAGAAACCGUACAGCCACUACGGACAGGCCAACCUUGACCUGCUGACGGCCGUGUCGUACAAGUACGACCCUAACGGCGUGUUCCAGAAGCUGCGCCAGACCGGCUUCAAGUUUAGCUAG